AUGGCUUCAGAUCGAGCGGAGACGAUGUUGCUCUUCGUCGCCGCUGUACUCACCCUCUUCCUCGCCGGAGCAGGCGGCGGCGAAGGGGCGGCGCUGCCAGGGGGGAAGGAGAUGGGGGAGUGGCUGAGGAGGGUGAGGAGGGAGAUCCACGAGUACCCGGAGCUGGCGUACGAGGAGUUCCGCACCAGCGCGGUCAUCCGGCGCGAGCUCGACCGCAUGGGCGUCUCCUACGCGUGGCCCCUCGCUGGCACCGGCGUCGUCGCCAGGAUCGGCACCGGCCUCCCCCCCUUCGUCGCCCUCAGGGCCGACAUGGACGGCCUCCCCAUUCAGGUUAGACACAGAUUUGUAGAGAGAGAGAGAGAGAGAGAGAGAGAGAGAGAGAGAGCUGCAGAGAAACAUAGGGAGAGAAUUGGGGUGGUGGAUACACGCCGGGAGCACGCCGGGAGAUAAUGGCGGGAGCAGGUUCGCGGUGUGAUAGAUAUAUUCUUACAAAAUGAGAGAGAAGUAUUCAGAUUUUACCCUCAUAUCGCUAGAACCUUACAGAGAGAGAGAGAAGGUAUCGAAGGGGUGGGUGAUGACUAAAAAAGGGUCUGGUUUUGUGCAGGAGCUGGUGGAGUGGGAGCACAAGAGCAAGAUGGACGGGAAGAUGCACGCAUGCGGGCAUGACGCGCACGUUAGCAUGCUCCUCGGCGCGGCGAGGAUACUGCAAGAGGUCAAGGACACAUUGAAGGUCCGUAAAAACUUUCCAAUCCCCUUGUCGCUGGCGAUUUCCUUCAUUUUCUCGUCUGCCCAGAUUCUAAUUCCUUUUGGGGAGAGUCAUGGUGGGUGAAAGAUCGUACCUCGCCCAUUUUACGGAAUAAUGACGUCAUAUUUAAAAAAUAAUGGGUACUCAUCUCCCACUCCGCCUUUCUAUCUGACUUCCCCUGAAGAUAAACAUAGCCACACCAUGAUUUAUGUUCUCAGACCUAAUAACAAUAAAAAUAAUAAUAAUAAUAAUAUGACGGCUAAAACCGUCCGCAGAGAUCCUCAUCUGCAUCGAAUCAGGGUGGCUCCACACAGAGUGAACAAGCAAAGGAGAUACUGUAGGAGCCAUAUCUAGAAACGACGAUUCGAUUCAUCAAUAGAAGAGAUCAAACGAACUGACGACGCACCGGUGGCGCACUUGCUUCCUCCCUCUGAUUCUUCCCCAGGGAACAGUGAUCCUCAUCUUCCAGCCGGCCGAAGAACGGGGCACUGGAGCCAGCAGGAUGAUCCAGGAGGGGGCUAUAGACAAUGCCGAGGCCAUAUUUGGCAUACACACAGCCUACAACCUCCCCACAGGGGUUGUGGCCUCCAGGCCGGGGGAGUUUCUGGCAGGGUGUGGGCAGUUCAAGGCAGAGAUCACAGGGAAAGGCGGCCCUGCCGCCAACCCCCAGCAUGCAGUUGACCCCAUCUUGGCGGCGUCGGCCUCGGUGCUCAGCCUGCAGAAUCUUGUUUCCAGAGAAGCGGACCCCCUGGAUUCCCAGGUGAGUCUUUCCAUGGCAAGGUUAUGGAAAAUAUGAGGGUAUGUGGAUGGUGGGGGAACUACGGUGAGAAUGAAUAAAGAAAAAAUAAAUUUUCUUGCAUCUAAUUGGGGCUUCUCCAGUGGAUGGAUGGAUCAUGGAUUUGAGUAAGUGAGAAGGCUGCCUCUAUAUGAGUAACCUCACUGCAGAACUGAAAUAUGUAUAAAUACUUACUGAUUUAUUUGACUUUUUGAACUGUGCAGGUGGUUUCAGUGUCCAAGUUUCAAGGAGGAAAUGCAUUCAAUAUCAUCCCAGAUUCAACCGUGAUUGGAGGCACUUUCCGGGCAUUCAGACAGGAGAGCAUCAGCAUGCUAAAGCAGAGAAUUGAAGAGGUAUCUUCUGAACACAGUAAAUUUACCAGGGGAUAAAGUAAACUACUAUUUUCUCAGGAAAGCACUGAAGAACAGUGAUUCUUUCUCUAGAUCAAAAGCAAAGAAACCACUUCCUUGGACCCUUUUAGACAAGGACUCUGACCCUCUCCGCCUGCAGGUCAUCACAGGGCAGGCAGCAGUGCACCGGUGCACCGCCAAGGUCGACUUCUUCGAGAAUGAGCAGCCCAUAAUCCCCCCCACGGUAAAUGAUGAGGAAAUUCAUGAGCUGGUUAAAAGGGCAUCUACAGAGGUAGUAGGGAAGGAAAAUGUGCAUUUGUCCCCGUGCUUCACAGGGAGUGAGGACUUUGGAUUUUACUUGAGACACAUACCUGGCACCAUGCUGCUUGUGGGAACAAGGAAUGAGAGGAAUGGCUCUGUUCACCCGGCGCAUAGCCCGCACUUCAGCAUUGACGAAGAUGUCCUCCCCAUUGGCGCAGCAAUUUAUGCAGCCUUUGCCCAUAAGUACCUUCUGAAAAAUAGUCAUCAUUCGAGCUGA